AUGACCCAACUCCGUCUAAGAUCGGUAGUUAAGCCGCUCACCCUCCUUCUGUCUGUAUUACCUGCACCGCCCGGUGUUCACAUUCCUAAACAAGGAGCUGUAGCUUCUCAAAGCACUGUUUGCAGUGAUAUCGGCAUUCAGCUACUCAAAGAUGGAGGAAAUGCCGUCGACGCCCUAGUGGGCACGGUCUUUUGCGUCGGCGUCAUUGGAAUGUAUCACAGUGGCAUUGGUGGUGGUGGCUUCUUGUUGCUGAGGACGAGUGAUGGUACAUACGAGUUUGUCGAUAUGCGUGAGACAGCUCCGGCUGCUGCGUUUCAAGACAUGUACAAAGAUAACGAGGACCUGAGCAUUUACGGCGGCCUUGCAAGCGGUGUUCCUGGUGAGCUUCGAGGCACCGAAUAUGUCCACAAUAAGUAUGGCGCACUGCCAUGGGCCCAUGUCAUCAAGCCUUCAAUCGAUGUUGCUAGAAAUGGGUUCAAGGUGACGGAAGACUUGAUCAAUACCUUUAAGCAGACAACACCCAACAACUUCCUCACGGAAGAUCCAGCAUGGGCCAUUGACUUUGCUCCCAAGGGACGCCUUGUCAGGCUGGGCGAGACCAUGACUCGGAAACGAUAUGCUGAUACACUAGAGGCGAUUGCCAACCACGGCGCUGAUGCAUUUUACACUGGUCCUAUCGCUAAUGCUACUAUCCGCGCUUUAAAAGCAGCUGGAGGAAUCAUGACUCUGGAAGAUCUGAAGAACUACACCGUUGCCAUCAGAGAACCCUUACAUAUCAAUUAUCGUGGUUACAAGCUCACAAGCACAAGUGCCCCGUCAAGUGGUGCCGUGGCACUCAGCGCUCUCAAUACCGUCAGUGGAUAUUCGGGAUUUAACGAUCCUGCUCAAGUGAAUUUGACCACACAUCGACUAGAUGAAGCUAUUCGGUUCGCAUACGGCCAGCGCACCGAACUUGGAGAUCCGUCUUUUGUUGACGGCAUUGACAAGUACACAAAAGAAAUGAUUGCCCCCGCAACUGGAGCCGAGAUUCGCUCCAAGAUCUCAGACUUCAAGGCGCAAAAUCUCUCCUACUAUGACCCCAAGGGCUUGGAAUCCCUUGAAACUCCUGGCACAUCUCACAUUGUUGCUGCAGAUGCCAGUGGAAUGGCUGUUUCCAUGACCACAACAAUCAACUUGCUCUUUGGAUCCACACUGAUUAUUCCGGAGACUGGUGUCAUCAUGAACAACGAAAUGAACGACUUUAGUAUUCCAGGAGUUAGCAACAGUUUUGGUUACAUUCCCAGCCCGGCAAACUACAUUCGACCUGGCAAGCGCCCAUUAUCUUCUAUUUCCCCUAUUAUUGCGGAGACAGCAGAAAAAAAGUUGUAUUUCGCGCUCGGCGCCGCCGGCGGCAGCCGAAUUAUCACCGCCAACAUCCAGAACACGAUUCACGUUCUUGACUUCAAUAUGACUACUUCUGAAGCAUUGGCUCAACCAAGACUCCAUGAUCAACUAGUACCAUUGAUGACGACCUUUGAGUAUACAUAUGAUAACCGAACGGUAGCGUUCAUGAAAUCACUUGGUCACAAUGUCACUUGGGUUGCACCGGGACAAAGCGCCGCGCAAGCCGUAAGAAUGCUGCCGAAUGGAACUUUUGAGGCAGCUGGAGAACCUAGACAGAAAACAUCUGGUGGUUUUGCCAUUUAAAUGCAAAGCAAUAAACCAUGUAUAAUCGCUAGGUUGGUUGAGCGGUGCAUCAUGCUCUAAUUCUCUAGUAGAGAGGGGGCCCUGGCGGAACCACAGUUAGCUCUCUGAAUACGUAAUAGAAUAUAUUUUAUAUAAAC